CCGCUCGCUCCAGCCGGGGGGUCCCGGGCGCCCGAUAGUCUGUGGCGGGCGUUGCCGCAGCCGCAGCCCGCUUUCGGGCCUUUCGCCCCGGAGCUGGCGGCCCGUAGGGCGGGUGGAGCUCCGGGAGUGCCCGGGGCUUCCAGGCCGCUCUGCCUGCCCGGCGCUGCCGCGGAGCUCCGAGAGAAGCCCCGGGUGUUCUGGGGUGUUUUACUGUCAUCAGGCUGAAUGGGGUUGCUCAAGCGUCUGGAUCUGACUAGAUACAGUUUGGUUGGUCAGAACUGCUCUUGGCUAGAAACUAUGAAGAAGAAUUUUGCAUAAAACUUUUACAGACUAAGACCAUGGCAUCUUCAAAAAAUUUAGAUAUUGGGGCCCAGUUAAUUGUGGAGGAAUGUACAACUAGCUACAACCUUCCACCCAUGCCAGACAUUAAAGUGGAGCAUCAGCUUGAGUCUAGCACGGAGGAAAGCCCAGCUCAGAGUGUCGCAAUGGGAAUGAAAUUCAUUUUGCCCAAUAGAUUUGAUAUGAAUGUCUGCUCACGAUUUGUGAAAUCUUUGAAUGAGGAGGACAGUAAAAAUAUUCAAGACCAAGUUAACUCUGACCUUGAAGUGGCAUCUGUCUUAUUUAAAGCUGAAUGCAACAGCCAUACUUCUCCUUCCCCUGGUAUCCAAGUAAGACAUGUUUAUACUCCAUCAACUACUAAGCACUUCUCACCAAUAAAACAAUCAACUACCCUAACUAACAAACAUAGGGGAAACGAAGUCUCUACAACACCUCUGCUUGUAAACUCUUUGUCAGUUCAUCAACUGGCUGCUCAGGGAGAAAUGUUGUAUCUGGCCACGCGUAUUGAACAAGAAAAUGUAAUCAAUCAUAAGGAUGAAGAAGGAUUUACCCCUCUGAUGUGGGCUGCAGCUCAUGGGCAGAUAGCAGUAGUGGAAUUUCUCCUCCAGAAUGGUGCAGAUCCUCAGAUUUUGGGGAAAGGGCGAGAAAGUGCACUCUCACUGGCUUGCAGCAAAGGAUACACAGAUAUUGUCAAAAUGCUGCUGGACUGUGGAGUUGAUGUCAAUGAGUAUGACUGGAAUGGAGGUACGCCUCUUCUGUAUGCAGUACAUGGGAACCACGUGAAAUGUGUAAAAAUCCUCCUUGAAAGUGGUGCUGAUCCAACUAUAGAAACAGAUGCUGGCUAUAAUUCCAUGGAUUUGGCUGUAGCUUUGGGCUUUCGGAGUGUUCAACAGGUUAUUGAGUCACAUUUAUUAAGGCUACUUCAAAAUAUCAAAGAGUAGUGGCGGGCUCUUCUGCGGUUCUCAGUUCUUGGCUUGGAGAUUUGACCUGCUUUUUAGCCCUGCAAUCAGUGACAAGGGUUGGUUGUUUUGUAACUUUACCUCAGCUCAACUAUUGGCUGGUUUUAGUUAAGCCUUUUAAUAUUCUUCCUCUUUUUUUCACUAUUGUUCAUAGAAAUAUGAAAUGUCAUCCUUUCCUUAAAUAUAUUUUGUGUAAUUUUAGAAGAAAAAGGCAGUUGUGCAUGAAAAACUUUGUAAAUAAAACCACUUUUGUCCAUCUAAAUGUUUACACUGAGUGCAGUGGGUCACACUGUGCUGUCAUACUUUAUCACAUCACUGAUACAUACUCAUGGGAAUAAAUCUGUUUAGAUACUGAGAUAUAUUGCCAUAGAAGAUAGAUCUCUUCACUGUUAAUAAUAUCAAAAUGUGCACCAUGUGUGAUUGUUUUCCCAGACCCCCAGUUAAUAUUAAUCUGUCAGCUUUUGUCUUAAGCUCCAUCUUAAAAAUCAGACAAAAAGUUGGUAAUGAAUUUAAGGACUCUGA